AAUCAAGCCUGCAUGUCUGUUGGAGUAUAAUCUAGCUGCAGACGAGAAGGCGACGUUGUGUGCUUUCACGUUAUUUUUAUUUUCAUUGAAGCGGAGGCAGUGUAUUGGUGACACUUUGACUUCAAAAUGUCGACGUUCGUCUUUGACGCUUACCAAGACUCGGAGAACCAAACAUCACGCCGGGCGAAAAAUGUACCGAGAAAUAAUGCACCAAAGAGGGCUGCUUUGGGUGUGAUAACCAACCAAGUCCGAGUGCAGCCUUUCAGAGCAGCCAAGGCUGGAACAGAAGCAUUUCAAGAUGAAAACACGUUUUCAAGACCAGCAAAGACUUUCGGACAAAAGGAGGCACAGCCUUUUUCUAUAUUUGUUGAUGACCAGAAGACUUUGCACGAACUCAAGCCAGUGUCUACCAAUAUGGUGGCAGGUGCUGAAACUAAAGUACAAUUGACGGAUGCAGUAACAACUUUAAAUCGUCUACACGAACCUCUUUCCACAGCUGCCAACAACUCCCUUAUUUGCAUAGACGAGAGUAUUGAUUCUCCCAUGGUGCUAGAUAUUUCACAUGAGGUAGCCGAAGAAAAGAAACCAUUAAACCGAGAAGCAAUCAUCACAACUGUACCAGAAUAUGCAGAAGAAAUUUAUACACAUUUAAGAGAAGCUGAAUUGAAAAAUCGACCAAAGUCUGGCUACAUGAAAAAGCAACAAGACAUCACCAGUUCUAUGAGGUGUAUUCUGGUAGAUUGGCUAGUGGAAGUAUCGGAGGAGUACAACCUGCACCGAGAGACAUUGUUCCUUGCCAUCAACUACAUUGAUCGCUUUCUUUCCACAAUGGCUGUCCAGAGAGGAAAGCUUCAGCUGGUGGGUGCUGCCAGCAUGUUUCUCGCAUCGAAAUAUGAAGAAAUCUAUCCCCCAGAUGUUGGAGAGUUUGCUUACAUCACUGAUGAUACUUACACGAAGAAACAAGUGCUUAGGAUGGAACAUCUUAUUCUGAAAGUUCUUAAAUUUGACAUAUCUCCUCCCACUGCCAAUUGGUUCUGCGACCAUUUCCUCAAACAAGCUAGCUGUGACGACAAAACCAAAUCACUGGCAAUGUUGCUGAUAGAGCUUAGCUUGGUAGAUUGUGAAACCUUUCUGAAGUACAACCCAAGUUUACUGUCUGCAGCAGCCACCUGUCUAGCACGCUACUCGAUGGGAGAUGAACAACCAUGGCCAGCCAGUAUGGUGAAGGUGACUGGGUACGAGUUGUGCCAUUUGGUGGAAUGUUUGCAGGAUCUGUACAAUGCCUACUGCAAUGCCCCAAAACACCCACAGCAGGCCGUCAUGGAGAAGUACAAACACACAAAACAUCAUGAAGUGUCCAACUUCAGCAAGUACCCACCACCAGCUCAGCUGUCGUUAUAGACAAAGUGACAGGAGUCUCGAGUCCUGAAGCUGUACAAGGGGAAGUCCCCAGUCCCAACCCAGGGGGCUAUGCGCUUCCCUGCAUGUGGCCCACUCAGGAGUAUGUCAUACCAAGUUCUUUCAUUAAUUGCUGUGGUCUGUCAAACCAUUUGACGUGACGAUACAACCAGCUAGACCAACUGCCAAUUAUGUGUUCAAGGGAGAGAAUGUAGGUUGGACCAAAGUUUUUAUGAGUUGUGUAUGCUUCUGGUCUCCAUGCAGCACCAGAGUGUUACUAUGAACUGGUUUCUUUUGAGUUCCUUCCAACCAUACAUUGACGAGAGGAAGUAGCAGUCCUUUGCGUUUUAGCCCUAGGUGCAAUACAAACUGCCUCAUUUUAUUGUUUUCAUCAACUUAGUUUCUAGUGAUAUUACGGGGAAAAUUUGGUUUUAAACAUCAGUUUGCUCUUUUAUCUUUUCACUGCUUUUUUACAAUUCAAUGGAAUUUAUAUGAAUGAAAUGAAAAGUUGUGAGGUUUUGUACUUAAGUUUAAUGCUAUCUACAGGGGCAUUGGUUGAAUGAAUACAGAAAUUUUUGAGUCAAAUGAUAUUUUUUUUAAUAUUUAUGAUUAAUGGAAUGUUUUCCUGUAAUCAAUGCAAAACCCCUUCUGUUGUCAUUUUUAAAAAAAAAAUCAUGAACAAAACAAUUUAUCUUUAAUCCAAAAUUGGAUGGUGCUAGUUACAAUUUUCAUUUCAUACAAGACAAUGACCAGUAGUGGAUUCCCUAUUUUUCCAAGACAUGCAAAAUACUAUUUAUUUCAGCAGUACUAGAAAAGUUCAUGCCUUAUGCGAUAUACCUGAAGUUUCCAAUAUAAUGUCUGAUAGAAUCAAUCUUUUAAAAGAAGUUUUCCAUUUUCUGUCUGAACAUUAUGAAAAUUGUUCACUGAAAAAGAAUUGUCAGUUUUCAGAAAACAUUCUAACAUGGAUUUGUGAAAAAAUUCUCCCUAAAAUAAAAAUUCUGAUUAAUGAAGUUUGAUUAGUAUAAAAUUCCUAAUUGAUAAUGAAAUUUUAUUGAAAACAAAUUCAUAACUUAUUUAGAUUUGUCCUCCAAAGAGUAACUUUUAAUGAUUUCAUAGUAAUCAAGGGAGGGGGACAUUUUGUUACAACUUGACAGCUAUUUAUUUAUUAGUUUUCAAUGCAUGUUUGUAUUUUAAUGUUACAUUCAGCACUUUUCUUCCCUCUUCUGUUUUUUAACUGUUGAUCUUUUAAGGUUUUAACACCUUUAAUCAACUGACUACGUGAUUAUUCUGGCAUUUUUUUUUUUAUUUUGUUUUAAAACCAAAGCUUUAUUGCUGCCAUGGAUAACUUAAUGUAGGAACGUUGAUCAUAAAUAAAUCUUGAUAUGUUUUUUAUCCAUAAUGUAGAGUUGAUAUGGUUGUCUUAUUAUUUAUCCAUACCUCCUUCCUGUUAUUGUUUGCACCUUUGUACAUAGUACUACAUACCUUCUCUGUACAAAACUUUUAUUGUGUUUCUCUUUCUGAGGAUGUUACUAAAAUGAUCAUGUGCGUGUUUGCUUGAUGCCUGUAAACUUUCACAGAUUAUGUAUGAUUGUGUUCAAUUUUAUUUUUAUGGAUGAUUUGUAUGGGAUGAAUGUCUUUUAGAAUAAUAGCAUGGGGUGAAGAUGUGCAAAGAUUUUUAGUCAUAGGUGUGACAGAUGAACUAGGAGACCUUAUGGAGGUGACAUGAUUUAUCUUAAGGGCAGCACAUUCCCAUUUUGUUGUAUUAGGGAUAAUUGCAUCAUGAUUAUAAUUAUUUAAAUUGGUGUGUAGAUACUGAA